AUGGCACUAAAACGCAAAGCCGUCGACAUAGACGCAUCCGUCCCAUGCGCAAAGAGAUCCAAGCUCGACGCGCUUAAUAGCAUACCUGCUUCAACCUCAACUGCAGCUCCAGCUCCAGCGCAGGAGCACUCGCCCAACUCUCUAGCAGCAGCAAUAAGUCAAGGCCCGCUCGCACCCCCUGUGAGGGUGACGAAGCUCGCCCCUCCCCGACCUGCGAUACCUGAGGGAGAUAGGAGUGUUAUUUGCGUGACGAGGAAGACGAAGCUCGGGGUGUAUUUACGUCGGUGUAGGAAGUUGUUCGACGAUGGGCAGCAGAAGAUCACACUCCACGCUAUGGGAGCCGCGAUCCCCCACCUUGCGCUGCUUGUCACUUCCCUCCCUCUGGUCCUGCCGGGCGGGGUCUUACGGCAGGAAGUGACGACAGGGAGCGUCGAGUGCGUGGAUGAGCUUGAGCCGGAGGACGAGGAUGUGGAAGGGGGGAGGAGGGAGAGGAAUAAGGGCGUUUUGAGGGUUGUUAUUUGGAUGAGAGAGGAGGGGGCGUUGAGAGGGAAAGGGGGGAGGAAGGAGGGGAGGGGGAGAGGGAGAGGUAGGGGGAGAGGUAGGGGUAGGGGUAGAGGCGGGAGGGGUGGUUGA